CAAUACAACUUAUAAUCGGAACCGGUCCGCUCCAUCCGGUCCGAGUCUUGGUCACGGCUUAUGAGGAUAUGCGAAAAAAGAGCGAACUCCAAUUUUAUGAUUUGAAGUCAAUUCUUUAGUUUCAAAUAUGGAAACUUCAGAGAGCAACAGUCCGAUCAUUCCCAACAGCGGCAAUUCGAUAGCAUUGUCGACGCCGGUGUGGCCGACGAUCGACGGCCCUCUGGGUCUGACGGAGGACGAGUCGUUGAGCUACGCUCGUAAAUUCUAUCACUUUGGAUUCGCCCUUUUGCCCUUGCUUUGGGCCGUCAAUUGCUUCUACUUCUGGCCCGUUCUCCGCCACUCUCGCGCUUUCCCUCGUCUCCGUCGCUAUGUUGUUGCAUCGGCGGUUGGGUUUUCAGUCUUUGCAGUUCUUCUCUCCUCAUGGGCGUUGACAUUUGCUAUCGGAGGAGAGCACCUCCUAGGCUCUGUUUGGGAUAAACUAGUAAUGUAUAAUCUUGCUGACAGAUUAGGCUUGACCGGUUGGAGCUAGUCGCAUAUCCUUGUUACAAGAUUCAUCGGUUUAUAAGCUCAUUUUUCAUUAAAUUGUAUAGGCCAUUACAAAAUAUUAUCUGUUGGAACAAUCAAUUAUGCUUUUGUACUCACUUUUGAAGUUAACAUUGAAGCCAGUAGCGGAUUCAUUCAUUCAACUAAAAACGAAUGUAUCAAGUUGUGAGCCCAACUUUUUGAUUUUUGGUUU